UUGAACUCAGGUCUGGUGGUAUAUAUGUACUGAUCAGAAGCAGAAUUAGAGUUUUAAGUUGUUGUUUUUUUCAAAUUGCACUUGAAGAGUUACUCAUCUGCCAUUUCUACACUCAGAGGUAUUCUUUUUCCAUAUUUUGAUACUGGGUUUUUGGACUACAUCUGAUAAUGCUCAACAAAAUUGGUGUUUAGGGUUAUUGUUUAUGCUCAGAGUGGUCCAUUUGCAAAUUUGAGAUUAGGGUUCUGAAACAAAUUAGGGUUUACUAGUAGAAAAAUGGAAGAAAUAAGAAAUGCACUAGAUUCUGUUGGGGAAGAUAGAAUCAGUAGAUUACCAGAUCCAUUAAUUCAUCUUAUCCUCUCUUUCAUUGACACUAAAUAUGCAGUUCAAACUAGCGUUCUGUCUAAAAGAUGGGUUGGUAUUUGGAAAUCUGUCCCAUAUCUAAACAUCAAGAGGAGUUCAUUUCCUAAAGGCAGAGAACAUGAUCAGAGGUUCAUAUAUUUUGUGGACAUGGUAUUCAUUCUUUGUGAUGACUUUGAUAUUCAGAGAUUUCGUCUGCGUUGGUGCAACUUUAGGUAUGAUGAUCUUGUGGCAAAAAAAGUUAAGAGAUGGAUAGUUCGCGCUGUUAAGCGUAAUGUUCAAGAAAUGACCAUAAAAAUCUUUAAAGAUCGUCGUUCGGCUUAUGAAAUUCCUCAUCAACUCCUAAAUUGCAAAUCACUGAGGAAUUUGAGAAUGCAAGUGGAUGGUCUUCUACACUGUGCAGAUAUUAUAUUGCCAAAAUCAAUGGAUUUACCUCUGGCUCAAAUUUCUGCGGCUUGAUGGAUUUUCUAUCUCUAAUGUAGAACUAUCGAAAAAGCUCUUUUCUAGUUGUCCACUUCUCGAAACACUAGAGAUAGUUGAUUGUAAUAUUGGAACCGAUGUUGGACGAAAUUUAAUUAUUAAUUCUCUCACCCUCAAGAGGUUUGAGUUCAUGUAUACUCAUAGACCUCUUCAGUCGCAAAAUCAUGCUAUGACCAACAUUAUCAAGUUGUCUGCUCCAAAUCUCAGAGGCUUCAGUUUCACCUCUUCCAUGGCGCAUUAUUCUCUAGAAAAUUGUUCUCCACUAUCCAAUGUAGAUUUUGAGAUGACACUCGAAGGAGGAGGCAGGGACGAGAAUGCAGAAGCAUAUCUGAAAUUGCCUUCAGAGCAAAAAGAAGUAUAUGCUAAACGUAUGCUGAAAUUCUUAAGAGCGGUUUCUAUGGUGAAAAGAAUGAAAAUAUCAAUUGGAUUCCUUGAGGGUUCUCUUUGGUUUCUCAAGGUUGUUUCACGAGCUCCUGACUUGUCAGACUGUCAACCACUUCGCUUAAGUAAUCUACAAACUUUGAUGCUGGGAAUGUGGUCAACAAGAGGUUGCUUGCGUGCUAUAGCGUUUUUACUCAGCAUUUCUCCUAACAUAACUAAACUUUUCGUCAAAUCCAAGGAGUCAAAUUUGGCGGACGUUGGAGAUGAUUGGGAAGCAGGAUUGUCUUUGCCAGGAAUUUUGUCUCACCUCAAGUAUGUCCAUAUUCGAGAAGCGGAAGGAUGUGAUGCUGAGCUCAAACUUCUGAGUUUUUUGUUGAAAAGUGCAAAGGUUUUGAAGCAAGUGGUGUUGCAUCCUCGUUCAACUAUUGACUCGCCUGAUAGAGUGAGAAGGCAAUUUGGGAGUAAGCUAAGAGCGCUUCCCAGAGCAUCUUCACAUAUCAUAAUGCGGUGGCCAGCAACAAAAAGUGCCUACCUCAUAAAAUGAAGUAAAAAACUAACAACAGAUACUGGAACAAUUUAAAGAUAAGACUGCCCUUGUGAGAUCUAGAAGUUUGCUCCUCUUGGUUUUUUGACAGUAUGUCUUCUUUUGUGGAAAAGAUUGAUUGAAAUGUUUAUUAGGAACUUCGUUAAACGCCAAUUAAGACUUUUUUUCGGCGC